CCGCGCUGAGGUGGCUGCUUCGCUGAGGGGAGAUUAGGACGGCGGGAGUCGCCUUUCCCUGGGCAACAUGAGUGAGCCGUGGCUGGCCCCAGGAAGACCAGACAGCCCCGGAGACGACGUAUUUGUGCUUGAUGCACAUAAUGUGUCCCCAACAGUUACUUUCCUACAAGAGCUGCCCAGUUACCAGUCUAUGCUGAGAAGGAGAACUUCAGCUGGAACACGUGACAACCACAGCUUAGCUCGGUCAACUUCUGAGGAGUCUAGAAGCCUUAUAGAAAGGAUUGGGAGUCGAGAGCCUGCCAAGCCCCUGAGAGAAUAUGCGUUGAGUAUGGCAGAAAAAAGGCGGCUGAGGGAUAUUCAGGAGGCGAACACAAAAUACCUGUCAGUGUGGCUGCAGUGGAAACAGACAAGCAGGAAAUCAUGGCGAAAGCUUGUAGAGGAGACCAAAGAAUUGUCGUCUUACUUGGAACUUUGGAGACAUGACAUUCACAGCAUUGAGGGAAAAUUUGGAACUGGAAUCCAGUCUUAUUUCUCUUUUCUGCGGUUCCUGGUGUUGCUGAACGUCGUUAUCUUCCUCCUGAUGUUCAUCUUUGUCACUCUUCCUAGCACUGUUUCUAAACAUGGUGUCUUCAAUGGCAGCUAUGUUAAAGCUCCCCUGAAGAGCACAGAGCCACAGUGCACAGUUUAUAUAGUGAGUGGUACCAAAGGACUGAUUUAUUUCUACACUUACAUUAUAGAUCUUCUUUCUGGCACAGGUUUCCUUGAAAUGACGAGUCUCUUUUACGGCUAUUACUCAGUAGACACCAUAUAUUUUGGUGUUGUCAGAUACAGCGUGCCACUUGCGUAUCUACUGACCACACUGGCUUACCUUUCUCUGAGCUUUCUCUGGAUCGUUAAAAGAUCUGUCGAAGGGUUUAAGCAAAGUUUGGUCCGUAAUGAAGAUCAGUUUCAGAGCUACUGCAACAAGAUAUUUGCUGGCUGGGACUUCUGUAUCACAGAUGUAAAUGCUGCACAGUUGAAGCACAACAGUUUGCACUAUGAACUUAAAACUGACCUGGAGGAAGAAAGGCUGAGGCAGAGAGUGGCGGAAAGAACCACCCAUGAGAAGAUCCGUAUCUAUUGUUUGAGAAUAUUCUUAAAUCUCGUAGUUCUUGCUGUGUUGUCAACCUGCUUUUAUUCUAUCUAUCGAGCUACUCUCUACUCACAAGAAAAUACUUCCUAUGACAAAAGCAGAUUAGAGGAUAAUCUCUGGGUACAGUACUUGCCUUCUGUAGUGAUCACAAUGGCGAACUUCAUUGCCCCGUUAAUUUUUUCUGUUCUCAUCAAGUUUGAAGACUAUUCUCCCGCUUUUGAAAUCCGGUUAACGCUGAUAAGGUGUGUCUUUGUGCGGCUGGCCAACAUUGGCGUUCUCUUGUUCUCACUGUGGACCCGGAUCACGCGCUGUACUGACCAAAAGUGUGAAACCUGUGGAUACAACUACGAGCUCUACCCUUGCUGGGAAUCACGGGUUGGACAGGAGAUGUAUAAACUGAUGAUCUUUGACUUCAUAAUCAUUUUUGCAACUACAGUCUUUGUUGACUUCCCUAGAAAGUUGAUCAUGACCCAUUGUGCUUUGAAGGCCUGCCGGUGGUGCGGCUUGCAGGAGUUUGCUAUUCCUGACAACGUUUUGGAAAUUGUUUAUGGGCAAACCAUCUGCUGGAUUGGAACUUUCUAUUGUCCACUUCUCCCUGUGAUUGCAACAAUAAAAUAUUUCAUUGUCUUUUAUGUCAAAAAGAUAAGUUUGAUGCACACAUGCAAGCCUUCUGCGCGGCCUUUCAGAGCGUCAAGCUCCAACUUUUUCUUCCUGGUGGUGCUCUUGAUCGGCUUGAUAUUGGCUUUCAUUCCGUUGGGACUCAGCAUGACACAUAUUCAGUCUUCAAAAGCUUGUGGACCUUUUGUGCAUUUUACUCGUUCGUGGGAUGUGAUUGCACAUACAAUCGACGGGUUCCCAGAUGUGCUGAAGAAGGUCCUGAAAAGCGUUGGCUCGGAAGCAUUUGCCGUCCCUUUCUUCAUGGUUGUCUGCCUCAUUAUGUUCUAUUUAAUUGCCUUGGCUGGAGCGCACAAACGAGUUGUUAAUCAGCUCAGAGAACAAUUAGUUAUGGAGAGCCGAGACAAACUCUUCUUAAUCAGGAAGCUGACCGAAGCCCAGAGGCAUAGCUGAGGGCCCUGCAGAUGCCGGGCAUACCCUGAGCUGCAUUCAAAAGGAGCCGUGUUAGCAGUGCCGCAACAGCAGGGGGCCUGCAGUGCCUUGAACCAAGUAAUUUGCAACCUCAUUGUUGCAAAGUUGAGGAUGCACCGUCUGUGAGCUUUCCCAGCUUGUGUGCACAUUCCUGUGGAAGCGUGGGUGUGGGUGUGUUAUGUUUCCCAUUGCUUUGCAGCCCUCUCAUGCUCAUGGCUGGAGCAGAUUGUUGAUCAACUCAGGGAAGGAAGGACUGUCAAGCAUGCCACACCUUGGUUUUCUUCCGCAGGAUUUCCCUUAUCUUCUGUUUGUACAGAACUCAGUUACUAACCUUGCACAAGCUCUCUACUAUUGUAGGGCUGUAUUUGUGCUGCUGUACCUUAACUUUCAUGGGUCGUUUUUCAGGAGCUUUUAUGAAAAGCAUGCUCUUUGUAAGGGUUUUGCUUGCAAAUUGCCUUAAGGAACUUAAAAUGCUUACCUUCCCCACUGUGGCUGUUGUUCCAGUCUAAACUGACUUGGAUGCCACUGGGCAGGCUAGGAAAUGGACUGAGGUGCAUAGCAGUUGCUUGACAUCCAGCCAGCUGGGUCUGCCAGUGCGUGCAGCUCUUCCAGUCCUAUGCCUUGCUGCUGAAGAGGCCUGAGCUAUCACUGGAAGUGCCUGGGGUUGCACAAGGGAAGGAACUGUGUUGCCUCCAUCUCCCACCAGUGCUUCAAAGAACAAGCCAAAGGAGGUGUGGGCAGCUACCUCUGCCCCCCAAUCUUCUUCAAGCUUUGCUGGCGGCAGACGACAAUGUUUGCCUUCCCCAUAAAUUCUGAAGGAACAGUUGAUCACUCUGCAUUUGCUUGGACUCUGCAUGGUGGGAAGCUUAUAUGUUCCUCCCCCUCACCCCCAUAUGUAAACUGCAUUCCUAUUGCUGCCUUUAGGAGAGUGGUGACAAACUUCCUAAUGUGAAGGCUGCCUGAAGCUCAGCUGAGAAGCCUUGUCCCCGGAGGACAAGGCAUAGCCGUCUGGCUCACCGUCAUGCGCCUUGUAUAGAAACCACUUUUGAGUAUCUCUUUUACUGGAUAUACGCUCAAGCUGUAUGAAACAGGGAUACCGCUGCUGGUGUUCUGCAUCAACAUGAAAGUUCACAGCUUUUUAAGCCACUGGAUUUCGUGAGAUAGGGGCAAGGAAGAGGAGCUGGAGUUGCUGGGGCUGGUUUUCCUUAGCGACAUACAAAGCUUCUAAAGUCCAAGUGUUACCUAUGGGUCUUCUAAGAGUAUUUCACUCUGGGAAAGCUGGCUUUGCAAAGACCAGAGGCUCAAGUAAAUGAGGGUCAAGGCUCUUAGGGCUGGAUCCUGUGCCAGUGUAUAUUUUUGUAAAGUCGACCGAGUUUGUUUUUGGGUCCUCGGGAAGCCACGUUGCCUUGGUCUGCUUAUGUUCAAGGGUAAGCAUUAAGCACUGGUGCCUGUGCCCUUCAUACUUUAGGGCAUGUUCGGAAGUACUGCUCUUAAAAUGCUAACUUUAGACUUGUUUGCAUAGACUUUGUUUCAGCACUACUUCUGUUUUAUCUAACUGGAAGUCUGUAGAAAGAUUAACUUGAAAAGGCAUGCAGUGUUCAAAAAAACAAAUACUUGCACAGUUUCUGGUACGUGGUUAACUGCAAAAUUUGAAAUCUUAAAUUGUUUUCAGUAUUUUAAAAUGUUUAUUUUUAAAAGUUAAAAAUAUGUAUUGAUGCUAAUAAAUACGAUGUGAAUACUUUAUAAAAACAGAUUUUUUAUUUAUCUAUUGCAAUAUCCUUCGUCUCCCAAGUAUCACACAAGGAUCAAGAUCAUGCUUCUUAAAAAAAAAGGAUAAUCAGAAAGUGGAGAAAAUAGGUACAGUGCACUCAAAGUUAAGCACAGUUGAGAAGUGUUGAUUUUUAAAGCCAGAACGCUAUGUAUGAGAAUUGGAAGGGCGCUUAUUUCUCCUCAUCUCUUAGCCUUGUUAUAAAUGCUGUCAGAUUUCAAAACUUUUCUAUAAAUCUCUAAAGACUAGAACCAUGUUUUAAAAAUCUAAACACAGCUCUAGUGUUUCAAUGGGAACCUGUAGGCUUUAUUGGCAUACGGGACUGUGGCUCAGCGGUAGAGAAUCUGCUUGGCAUGCAGAAGGUUCUGGGUUCAGUCCUGGGCAUCU